UUUCGCUGAGGGGAAAGGGAAAAAAAAAUAAAAACGUCUCGUGCCCCGUUGCCUGUUCCGUCACGAGCUCUGUCCGUUGGUAUCAACCGAGCGGAAAGGCACGUAAACCGGCGACGUGGAAAGCGUUUAGCGUUAUAAAUUUAACCUGAGAAAGAUAGUUUAGUUGAGCGCGUUGAUUGUGUCGGGUUUUGGGUGAUGUACACUCUCCUGACGGUGUCAUAGCGCUAGCAUAGCUGUUUAGCUAGCUGACUCACAGCGAGUAGAAAAAAAAAGCCCGGACACCGAAUCGGUUCAUUUCUCCGUCGUGUCGUCUUUAAUAACCUCUCAGACACUGACGACGGUUAUUUAAAAGUCUACAGCUCCUUCGUCACUAUCCGGUGGAUUUAUAGAGAUCCGGAGUGAAUCGUUGCUUUGAUUCGGUUUGAAUGAAUUCGUGUUAGAGGAAACGUCAAGUGACAUUUAGAGGCUAAAACUCGCGCGAGACCGUGACCUCAAUCCUGCCGCGUUUCUGGAACACUUCACCGGAUCCUCGCGCUGGACAAACCGCUAGCAACGUUAGCAAACUAGCGCUAAAUAAACCACAUCAAAACACCAAGAACCACAAUCUUCCAGUACAUUAGCUUCUCGGCUAACUCGGUGUUUUUGCUAACCGAGCCUUUUCUAAUCCAGACACAUUUCCAUCUGGAAGUCAUUUGUAAGCUGAGUGCAGGAGAGAGAGUAGAGAGAGACAGGAGAGAGUGUAGAUAGAGACAGGAGAGAGUGUAGAGAGAGACAGGAGAGAGAGUAAAGAUGCCGGCCGUGUCGAAGGGAGACGGGAUGCGGGGAUUAGCCGUGUUCAUCUCGGACAUCAGGAACUGUAAGAGUAAGGAGGCUGAGAUCAAGCGCAUCAACAAGGAGCUGGCCAACAUUCGCUCCAAGUUUAAAGGAGACAAGGCUCUGGAUGGAUACAGCAAGAAGAAGUAUGUGUGUAAGCUGCUCUUCAUCUUCCUGCUAGGACAUGACAUCGAUUUUGGCCACAUGGAGGCUGUGAACCUGCUCAGCUCCAACAAGUACACUGAGAAACAGAUUGGCUAUCUGUUCAUCUCUGUGUUGGUGAACAGCAACAGUGAACUGAUCAGGCUGAUCAAUAAUGCCAUAAAGAACGAUCUGUCCAGCAGGAACCCCACCUUCAUGUGUCUGGCCCUGCACUGCAUUGCCAACGUGGGCAGCAGGGAGAUGGCCGAAGCCUUUGCCGGGGAGAUCCCGCGCAUCCUGGUGGCAGGGGACACAAUGGACAGUGUGAAACAGUCAGCUGCUCUGUGUCUGCUGCGUCUGUAUAAAACAUCUCCAGACCUGGUGCUGAUGGGAGAGUGGACGUCCAGAGUGGUACAUUUACUGAAUGACCAGCACAUGGGUGUGGUCACUGCAGCGAUCUCUCUCAUCACUUGCCUCAGCCAGAAAAACCCAGACGAGUUUAAGACGUGCGUGUCCCUGGCCGUGUCCCGUCUCAGCAGGAUCGUGUCCUCAGCAUCCACCGACCUGCAGGACUACACAUAUUAUUUUGUCCCUGCUCCCUGGCUGUCCUGUAAGCUGCUGCGUCUCCUGCAGUGCUACCCUCCUCCUGAGGAUGGCGCUGUUAAAGGCCGUCUGGUCGAGUGUCUGGAGACCAUUCUCAACAAAGCACAGGAACCGCCCAAAUCUAAAAAGGUGCAGCACUCCAACGCCAAGAACGCCAUCCUGUUCGAGGCUAUCGCUCUCAUUAUUCACUAUGACAGUGAGCCGAACCUGCUGGUGCGAGCGUGUAACCAGCUGGGUCAGUUCCUGCAGCACAGAGAGACCAACCUGCGCUACCUGGCCUUAGAGAGCAUGUGCACACUCGCCAGCUCAGAGUUCUCUCAUGAGGCCGUCAAAACACACAUCGAGACCGUCAUCAACGCCCUCAAGACGGAGCGUGAUGUGAGUGUACGUCAAAGGGCAGCUGACCUGCUCUAUGCGAUGUGUGACCGCAGUAACGCUAAGCAGAUUGUUGCUGAGAUGCUGAGUUACUUGGAGACAGCGGAUUACUCCAUCCGGGAGGAGAUGGUGCUGAAGGUGGCCAUCCUGGCUGAGAAGUACGCAGUGGACUACUCGUGGUACGUGGACACCAUCCUUAACCUGAUACGCAUUGCUGGCGACUACGUGAGCGAGGAGGUGUGGUACCGCGUCAUCCAGAUCGUCAUCAACCGUGACGAUGUCCAGGGCUAUGCUGCCAAGACAGUCUUCGAGGCCCUACAGGCUCCAGCAUGUCAUGAAAACAUGGUGAAGGUCGGUGGUUACAUCCUCGGAGAGUUUGGGAACCUUAUUGCUGGUGAUCCUCGUUCCAGUCCAUUGGUCCAGUUCAACCUGCUCCACUCUAAGUUCCACCUGUGUUCAGUUCCCACUCGCGCUCUACUCCUCUCUGCCUACAUAAAGUUCAUUAAUCUGUUUCCCGAGACAAAGACCACCAUCCAGGAGGUUUUGCGCUGUGACAGUCAGAUCAGGAACAGUGAUGUGGAGCUCCAGCAGAGGGCCGUGGAAUAUCUCAAGCUCUCCUCCAUCGCCAGCACCGACGUAUUGGCUACAGUAUUGGAGGAGAUGCCCCCAUUUCCUGAAAGGGAGUCCUCCAUCUUGGCCAAGCUGAAGAAGAAGAAGGGUCCUGGUGCCGUGUCCGGCAAUGAGCUGGAGGACGGAAAGAGAGAGGGAGGGGAGCUAAACGGUGGAGGGGGAGAGCGGUCUGGAGACAGCUCUGCCAUCGCAGCAUCCAACGCAUCCACUCCUUCUCCAUCAGCUGAUCUUCUCGGUCUCCGCUCCUCUGCCCCUGUCAGUGCAGCCCCAGCCAGUGCAGGCAGCCUAUUGGUGGAUGUAUUCUCAGAGGCGGGGCCUGCUGCUCCAUCCACUGCGGUCAGUGAUGAUGGCUUCCUCAGAGAUCUGGAACCUCCCACUGAGAGCUCUGACUCCUUAUUGGCUGAGGGUCCUGGUGACUCGGACUCUGCUCCUCCCUCUGUGGCCUCUGAAGAUCCUGCACCUCCUCUACCCGAGUCAGAAGAGCUGCUUAACAAGUUUGUGUGUAAGAAUAAUGGAGUUCUGUUUGAGAAUCAGCUGCUUCAGAUUGGCAUUAAGUCAGAGUAUCGCCAGAACCUAGGAAGGAUGUAUUUGUUCUAUGGCAAUAAGACGUCAGUGCAGUUCAUCAGCUUCACAACCACUGUUAGCUGCCCAGGAGAGCUUCAGUCUCAGUUGAAUGUUCAGUUGAAACCCGUGGCUCCUCUGGUGGAAGGUGGAGCUCAGGUGCAGCAGGUCAUCAACAUUGAGUGUUUGUCAGACUUCUGUGAUGCACCGCUUCUGAACAUCAAGUUCAGGUAUGGUGGAGCUCUGCAGAACCUCACACUUAAGCUCCCUGUCACCAUCAACAAGUUCUUCCAGCCCACUGAGAUGGCCUCACAUGACUUCUUUCAGCGCUGGAAGCAACUCAGCCAGCCCCAACAGGAAGCACAGAAGAUCUUUAAGGCAAACCAUGCCAUGGACACAGAAGUGAUCAAAGCCAAGUUGUUGGGAUUAGGUACAGCUCUUCUGGAGAAUGUGGAUCCAAACCCUGAGAACUUUGUGUGUGCUGGAGUUGUUCAGACCAAGGCACAGCAGGUGGGCUGUCUCCUGAGACUCGAACCCAACGCACAAGCCCAGAUGUACCGGUUGACUCUGCGCAGCAGUAAGGACACUGUGGCUAAGCGUCUGUGCGAGUUGCUGGCAGAACAGUUCUAGAGCAUUGCUUCUAGAACCAGUGCACAGACCAUCACAUUCUAGACCCAGAGCAGACCAGCGCCCCACCCUCGUCCACCUCGGAACAUUCUCCGUUCAUUCAUAAGGGAAAAACUACUGCUGACCACGGCAGCCAUGAUUACUGUCCUCAUCCUGACUAUUAUUGUAUAUCAUCAUCAUCAUCAGCGCUACCAUUCCCCUUUUUAAUCGGUGUUUACCUGCCUGUGUGUGUGUGUGUGUGUGUGUGUGUGUUCUGCUUGUUAACCUGUGAUUGUAUUGACAGCUGGUGUGUCAUAAAGAGUGAAAGGAUAGAAGGAGUGACCAGUUAAAGAGAGAGAGAGAUUUUUUUUUUCCAUUUUCUCUCUUUCUCUUCCUGUGUGUGUAUGUGUGUGAGAGAGAGAUCUGCAACAUUUCAACCUGUAAACAUUCCUGAUAUUUUGUUAGGGGACACACACACACACACACACACACACACGUCCUGCUGCACAUACACUGUUUUAUUUGAACAUUCCAAGUGGGAGAAAUGAAACACUGCUAAUCUGAAUACACUAAAGAAACAACACUUCCUGAGUAAACACAUCACUGACCCUCCUCUCACUGUCUCUCUCCAGAGCCCAUGGCACUCGGUGGGAUGGACGUGGGGGUUUGAGCAUGUUGUGUGGUCACCAUGACCCCACGUUCCCUGGAACCGAGUGCAGGCCAGUGCACUUUACGGGCCUGGGGAGACACAAGGCAUCCGUAGAUCCGUCCCUGAACUUCUCGUGAUUCCGUACUUGAUUCUAAUCAUGACUAAUGAAGAAUUCCUAUAUUUAUUGAAAAAUGAUGGGCCAUCUCUGCUUAUGUUUCUGUUUCUUUUGUUAGUUUUGAUAGCCAUGCUGUUGACCUAGCGUUUUAAGGCAUUCCGAUAAAGGUGUACUGUGUUGCAUGGAGGUGUGUAGGGUCAUGCAGGAACAGGAAGGAGAUAAACAUAGCUUUCUGCUGAGAAUUGAGUUUCUGCCAUGCAUGUUCUGAAAAUGAAGAUGUUUGUCAGCUGAAGGAUAGUGAAGGAAGGACAGGAGAGUGAGUCAGUUCCCGGUCACUCACUCCUCACACACUGCCACAGUUAAACCUUCAUUUAACAUCUCCACAGUCUACACCACGCUGAGGCACGGUGCAUCACCGCUCCGCUCAGCAGAACGGUCAGAUCAGGUCUAAGGAUCUGUCCCAUCCUCCUUCAUGUUUGUAAACCCUCGUUUUAACUCUGCCAUCUGAGGGAAAGACGUGAGACUCUGAUGAUCUCAAAAUUGUGGCCGCAAAUCCCUCUCCUCUUCAGCCACGUUACCAUAGGAGCACUUACUCUGAACACUAGUGGACGAAGUAUACACAGAACUGGACAGACCUUUUAACUCUAAUCUCUCUUCUGUGUGUGUGUGUGUGUGUGUGUGUGUGUGUCUGAGAGAGAGAGAGAGACAUUACUACAGAUUAUGGCUGCACUGAGAAAAGAAGAGAAAUCCUGUUUCCUCUGAAUUCACUACUAAGAGAGAUGUAAGGUCAGCUGUUCAGCUCAGUAAAGGCUACAGAUCCUGUGAGUCUUCACCCUGAACACGGUCAAGAGAGAAAACCUUCCCAGAGCUCUUCAGUCUUUUAACUCUAGUUGUGUUACUUUACACUGAAGGGUGUGUAGUCUCUCUACACCUUCAGAGACACACAACUCCAUACGUCCCUUUGAACAUGUCCUCCUUUAUUCAGUGAAGAGAAGUGAGAUUCUCUCUCUCCCACACACACACACACACACACACACACACAGUGGAGAGAGAUAAGAGAGGAAUAUGUGACAGACCUACAAAAUGAAAGCACCUUCCACCUGUCAGUCACACAUCCAGGAACAGGUGUGUGUGUGUGUGUGUGUGUGUGAGUGUGUGUGUGUGUGAGAAUUUAUUGGAGCUUUGAGACAUUUUUCAUUAGUUAAAUGAAGUCACUAUGUUUCACCUCACUGCACUGCUGCUGUGAUGCAUUGAUGGGACUUUUGUCAUUGUAAUGUAGAAUCAUUAUUGUGUGUGUGUGUGUGUGUGUGUGUGUGUGUGUGUGUGUAUUUGCAGUAUCCGCUAGCUAAUGCAGCCCCAGUGUAUCGGUGUUGAACCUGUCAGAUACCUGUGUUAGAUGAAAUUUACUCUGUACUGAAUAAUGUGAAAGUAAAACUAUGCCAUAUACUCCA